AUGUUGGGGCCCGACUAUGAAGGCGGCCCCCCUGGCGAUCGCCCUGCACGACACCGAACACCAGAGCGAAGUUUUACAACUGACGAUUCGAGGACCUACUCUCCUUAUCGACCGCCACGGCAGAACGGUGGCCCUCGCGAUGGCCGAAGGCCCUCCCUGUCCCCCUCUGCCGGGGCCGGUGACCGCAGCUGGGACGACGAAGGGGACUCGCGGCAGAGCCAAGAGCGGAACAGGUCAAGAGGUCGGAAUGGACGACAGGCCAGCGGAGGACAGCGCAUCUGCAAAAAGUGUGGCGAGCCCCUGACGGGGCAAUUCGUGCGCGCCCUGGACGGCACUUUCCACCUGGACUGCUUCAAAUGCCGGGAUUGUGGACAGAUCGUGGCCUCCAAAUUCUUCCCGGCAGACGACGAAGACGGUCAGGGGCAAUAUCCGCUUUGCGAAACAGACUACUUCCGACGGCUCGGUCUUCUUUGCUACCAGUGUGGUGGCGCCCUCCGAGGGUCUUAUAUUACGGCACUCGAGCGAAAGUACCACGUCGACCACUUCACGUGCUCACUUUGUUCGACAGUCUUCGGCGCCCAAGACAGCUACUACGAGCAUGAUUCCCAGGUUUACUGCCACUACCACUACUCCACCCAAUUCGCCCAGAAGUGCAAUGGUUGCCACACGGCAAUACUUAAGCAGUUUGUCGAGAUCUUCCGCAACGGGCAAAACCAGCAUUGGCACCCCGAGUGUUACAUGAUUCACAAGUUCUGGAAUGUGCGACUUGCUACUCCCAGCGACGUCGCAGAUGAAGAACCUCCCCCGGAUGAUGAGAAGACGCGCGACAAGGUCCGGGAAGAAGAGGAGAAGAUGGAAGAGAAGGUCUACCGCAUAUGGAGUGUCCUCUCCACCUUCGAGGAAUCCUCUGCCGCCUGCAUAUCCGACAUGUUGCUGCAUGUGAGCAAUGGAGCUUACGUCGACGGUGUGGUUGUCGCAAAGAGGUUCAUUUGGCAUGUCGACAUUCUUUUUAGGUCCGCUGACAGGUUGGAUGAGACCAUGCAGCAGCUUGAAAUGAAACCUCUAUCAUACUCGCGAGAGGCAAAGCUCCUGUGCAAGAAGAUUGUGCAAUUCUUUUCUCUCUUGUCUAAGACGCAAGACAAGAAUGCGCACAAGCUUGGCGUAACCCAGGAAUUACUGUCUCUGGUAACCGGUCUUGCUCAUUAUCUGAAACUUCUCAUCCGCAUCUGCUUGCAAGGCGCUCUUCGGAUUGAAAAGGAUCAGACCAACGUGGAGGGCCUGUACGCCUUUCUCGACGAUCUGAGCGCUCUUGAAACCCUCAAGAACGAGGAUGGAUCCUUGCAAAUCACAGCUGCCAUGUCGCGGCUGGCCGCCAACGAGUCCGACCAGUGUGUUCUUUGCCGAAAACCUGUCGAAGACGAGUGUGCCAAGAAUGGCGACAAGAGGUGGCAUAUUGCUUGCGUGACUUGCACGAGAUGUGGAAAGGAACUUGGCCGGAAUCCCGAGGACGCUCGACUUAAUACCUAUGACCAAAAGAUCUUCUGCAGCGGUUGCGAAUCGUACAGCUCAGACUCGGCACCUCCCUUCGAGCGGAUAACGAAACUGCAGCAGUACGUCUUCCUGCUUCAAGUAGCGCUCGCCCGACUACUGGAUAUACUGAAGAGCACUGGGGCGUUGUCUGCACUGGACGAGGCGUCCGUGAACGAAUAUGAACCAGCGAAUGGAAGUGGACCAGGCGAUGUGCCUCGUCUUCAGUACGAUUCACGGUCCAAGUCAUACGCUGGAGAUCGAGAGCAUCAUCGGGAGUCAUCCUACGAGAACACUUUGAAUGAUGUUCGCCGUUUGAGGAGCACGCGGCUCGAUAAGCACCUGUCGGCGAGCUUUAGAAAAGCGCGAGCGUCUCGUCUCAUGGAUGACCCAGGGGUAGAAGGCGGCGGUAACAUGCAGAGUCAACGUAUUGAGGAGGAUCAAGUUCCCGGCGAGGAGGGUGGCUCUGACCUGAUGUUCGGCCACCAAGAUGCCCUAACUCUGGACGACAUACCUCGUAUCGUUGCCGCGGAGCAAGCCCGGGAGCAACGUCCGGCGUUCAAGCCAGCACGUCAAGAGUUGUUUAGGUCUCCAGCGACUGAGCCAUUCAUUGGUGCCAACCAGAGGUCGAGAUCGGCGGGCCGCGCCGGCGAGCCGGGCUAUGGUGAGCCAUCACCACAGCGAGGUGGUCGGAAAUACUUCUCGGAGUUGUCUCCAAUGGAGUAUUUCAUUGCCCGCCACCUGGCUGUGCUUACCAUGCAUCCCAUGGUGCAAGACGAUUUCACGCUCGAAGAGCUGCUCAACCUCAUCGAAUCCAAGAAACCGGCGACGUUCUGGAACAAGUUUGGAAAGGCAUUCAAGAAUGACUCAAGGAAAGGAGUCAAGAAGAAGGGUGUCUUCGGCGUUCCACUCGAGAUGGUUAUCGAAAGGGAUGGCGCCGAGUCCACUGAUUGCAUCGGAGGAACAACCUUGCGGGUACCCGCCAUUAUUGAUGACCUGAUUUCCACCAUGAGGCAGAUGGACCUUUCCGUGGAGGGUGUCUUCCGGAAGAACGGAAACAUCAAGAAGCUUUCGGAAAUGGUCGAAAAGAUAGACCGCGAGGGCUGUGACAACAUCAACUUGAUGGCCCAGCCCGUCGUCCAGGUCGCGGCUCUGCUAAAGAAAUACCUCCGAGAGAUGCCGGAUCCCUUGAUGACAAACAAACUCUACAGGUUGUGGCUUGUCGCGGCUAAGAUCCAAGACGAUGACAAGAGACGGCAAUGCAUCCAUUUGGUGUGCUGCCUCCUUCCGAAGUGCCACAGGGACUGCUUGGAGGUUCUCCUGUCCUUCCUGAAAUGGGCCGGAAAUUUCCACCAGGUCGAUGACGAAUCAGGAUCCAAGAUGGACGUCAAGAACCUUGCAACCGUCAUUGCACCCAAUAUCCUCUAUAACCCGAUGAAAGGACCUUCUCUCGACAGCGAGCCCAUGCUGGCCAUCAAUGUCGUUGAGACGCUGAUCAAUGAUGUGGAAUCAAUGUGUUUGGUCCCGGACAACUUCGUCGACGUUCUCAAUGACCCGACAUACAAGGAAGGAAAGGAUAGUGAUAUUACCACCAAGGAGAUCCUGAAGCGCUAUGGUGGCAGGGUGAACGGCGGUCACGGCGUCCUUGGCGACGCCAGCGACAUGAAUCCAACCAGGCCUCUCGCUAGAAGGGUAGAGACCGAUCCCGAGGCGACCCGGCCGCCCGGCUGGCAGGAACCCAACGCCUCUUUCUCCCAGCCCCCGAACCCAAGCACACCGCCUAGGUGGCGGAACCCGGACGAGACACAGCAACCAGCGUAUGGCAGCUCCUUCGAGGGGUCUGAUUCGGACAACAAUCACCAGCGACGGUCGUAUCACGGGCGGCCGAACAACUCGGUCGGUGUUGGCGGUACGGGGUAG